AAAUUCUUCGACGCCCAAGAAUACUUUUUCGACAACUACGGAGACCCAGUAAAUAUUUUCUUCACCAGCCCAAGGGACAUUUGUUCACGGACCUUCAAGUCUGACUAUGCAUGGUUACACCAGAAGCUGGAAUCAAGAGGGUACACACGCCAUCUCGUUGACGGACUCCACGUCUUUCUUUCGUCUCCUCUGGGGACUUAUGGGCCUGAGAACAACCCUCUCACAUGCAUGCGGAUCUUGCGUUCAUGGCUUCAAACUCCAAUAGGGGCGAACUUCGCAUCCCAGUUUGCCUGGCAAGGGGAAAACGAGCUCCGGGCUUUUCAAAUUCUGCUUAUUCCCGUUUAUUACCAGACUUCCGAGGAGUCAAGCAAUUUCAUGCUCGACCUAAGACGGGAUCUAAAAAGUUUCAAGGCAGCGGAUGCUCACGCCUACAACCGGCUUUUUGUCUUCUACGAAUCGGACACAAGCAUUUUGUCAAGCACUCUCACGAACAUGGCGUGGGCUGGCUUUGCCGUUAUGCUUGUUUCCGUUUUAUUGCUACCUUCUCUCUGGAGCGCGACUAUGGUUGUCCUAGUCCUUGUCUUGAUCGAUGUCGCCAUCAUCGGUUUCAUGCACUUCUGGGACCUUCCGCUAAAUAUGCUCACGAUGGUCAACCUCAUAAUAUCUAUAGGCUUCUCGAUUGACUAUGCCACUCACAUAUGCCAUACCUUCUGCCACUGCGUUGGGCGGACACGUGACCUAAGGGUUUUCGAGACCCUUGUUCUGAUUGGGAAUCCAAUCUUCCACGGGCUUCUAUCAACCCUGCUCGGCGUUUCCGUCCUUGCUUUUACGAGGUCAUACGUUCUCCGAGUUUUCUUCAAAAUGAUGACUCUUGUUCUGUCGCUUGCCUUCGCUCACGGCGUCAUCUUGCUUCCUGUGCUUCUCAGUCUCAUCGGCCCUAUGAAUUCGCGGAAGGAACCGGUGAAAGAGGCUUUGAAAAAUUUCGUCAAAGGACUGAAAAGGGAUAACCGUAGAGAGAAUUCAAGGGAGUGCGCGGUGGAAUCCCUGCCGUAGUCUGUUUAGUUAGAUUUCGACGUAGCGCUUUAGAAAUUUAGUGAAACUUAAGCCCCACGUCGUUGGGAGAGCAAAGGUGCUAUGACGGCGAAAAACAGUGCACUACGAGUAGGUAAAACGAUCGAAGUUGAACUGUAAUAAAUACUGCUGUGCGCUAAGCUGAGAUAUGCAGGAAUGCAAAAGCGUGAGAAGAGAUCAUGCCUUUUUUUGAGUUGGAACUCGGUCGGAAUUUACUCAGUGGUUAAGUCCCUUACAGUGCCUACAGGUUUUCUGACGAGCUUUUUUAUUGUCCAAUGUAUUUCCUGAAGAAUGGUAAUGUGCAAAAAAUGGUGAGUACUUCAUAAAUCAGGCCAAAUACGAUGGAUCACAAGCAUCUAAAUGCAAAACAUGUAACGGUCACACGAUCAUAGCAAGCACGCUCCACUUAGGUGCUUAGUGAAUGGAAGAAGUACUGUCUUCAUCUGCUGGUCAGAAUUGCACUGCGACUGCCUUCCCGUCUUCUCCUCAUUUCGGAAGUGAACACAACAUCCACAUGCUCAUACUCGACAAACUCAAGCGCCUAACGAGGACAGG